AUGUACCAAUAUGAUAAGUCUUCUGACGCGAGAGGUCACCUUCUCACGCUCUUCAAAAACACUAGCGUCAUACCAUUUAAAGGCCCCGAUCCCUACCAAUGUUAUUAUUGCAAUAGACCUUUGGAUUAUAGCGAUCUGAAGAAACACACGAAAUCGCACAAACCCGAAUCUUUCCUAGAGAACUCGUUCGAUAUACCAAAAACUAUUAAAAUUGAUAUUUCUGACACGACUUGUGAGCAAUGCGAUGUAGUGUACAAGAAUUUUAGUGAACUAAAGCAGCAUUUGGUUUUACGACACGAAUAUAUUAAUAUAAAUAAUCUGAAGCCAGUUAAUAUAAGAGUAGACGGUUGCGACACAGAUCUAGUGUGUGACAACUGCGCUAAACCUUUCACGUCCAAAUGCGGUUAUAAGUAUCAUGUUAAGAAGUGCAGAGUCUAUCCAAGUAAAAGCACUAAGACGAAAGCCGUCAAGGAGAACAUAGCUUGUAUUUUGAACAUGUCGACUGCUCUACCGUUUAAGUUUUUCAUGAACAGAUUCCGUUGUUUCUACUGUUCCAAAGAUUUCACCGAAUUUGAAUUAUUACGCGAUCACUCCAUCGAACACACGCACUGCGAUUUGAAGAGUAGAACGAUGAAGUUUCUCAAAGGCAGAGAAAUCGUUCUCAAAAUUGACAUCACCGAAUUGUACUGCAAGGAGUGUUCAAAUAGAUUCACAGAUAUUACAACGCUUAUAGAUCAUCUUAUAUCCGAACACAAUGUGAAGUACGACAAAUCGGUGACGUACUUGCAGUGUUUCAAGAUAUCCAAAGAUAGUAUACCUUGUCCGAUUUGUCCAGAUGUCUUUCAAUACUUCAGAAAGCUUCUAGAACACAUGAACUCCCUUCACACUGUAGACAACUUUGUUUGCGCGUUCUGCGGACAGACGUUCGGCAAUCAUUACAACUACCGCGCCCAUAUAUCGCGUUACCAUAGGCAAGACGGCGUCAAGUGUACCGUGUGCAACGCAGAGUUUGCGACCAUAGAUAAAUUGUCUCGCCAUAGAGCGAGGUUACACGGAGAGAAGAGCUACAAAUGUUCGGAUUGUGACGAGAAAUUUGGUACACCUUAUCUUCUGCAGAAGCACUUGAUGCAGGUACACAGUACUGGGCAUAAAUGUUCGUACUGCGAUCGCGUUUUUACGAUAAACUCUCAUUUGAGGAACCACAUACGUCGGCUGCAUUUGAAGGAGAAGAAUUUCGAAUGCAACGUCUGCGCGGAGAAGUUCUUCGAUAAGCCGUUGCUGAAGACUCACAUGAUCAAACACAUCGGGGAGAGGAAUUACCAUUGCGACAUCUGCGGGAAACGGUUUCUGUGGAAGAAGAAUUUGCGAGAUGAUAAUCCGGAAUUCGAACCCUACGCAUCUGAGAGAAGAAGGAAAAACUUACAAUUGCUCUUCAACAACACGUCCGUUAUACCAUUCAAAUGGCGCGGGAGAUUCUUGUGUUUCUAUUGCCCGAAUCAGUACGCGAACCGGUCGGAUCUAAAGAAGCAUACGAAAUCACACGGAGCGUGCUCAACUAAGGAUUAUUCGCUGAAAGUGAUAAAAGGGAACGCAGUGGAGAUAAAACUAGACAUUUCAGAUAUCGAAUGUGAGAUUUGCAACGAACCGUUCCCGAACCUGAACGAGGUUAUCGAUCAUUUGGUUGGCAAACACGAUUUGGAUUACGAUAAAAGUGUGGAGACACCCUUCACCGAGUUCCGGCUCGCCGAUAUGAAGUGUCAGUACUGUGAUAAAGAUUUUUCUUAUUUCGUAUACUUGCGUCGGCAUCUGAAACUGGCGCACGCGCAGAAUAACUACGUAUGCGACGACUGCGGCGCCACAUUUAACAGCAAACGCGAUUUGGCGUUUCAUUUGCACGAUUUUCAUAAGCACGGCGGCUAUCCGUGCGAUGUUUGCACGGAAAUGUUCGAAUCCAAACAGGCGUGGAAGACUCAUAAGAACAAGUACCAUUUUAGGAAGUGCAUAUAUUGCAAUGGCAGUUUUGCCUCUUUCUCACUCUUACAGAAACACAUGAGUAAGGAACAUUCGUCCUUCAAAAACAACAAAUGUCCAUUUUGCUCUAAGGAUUGUCACUCUAGGCAGGGCGUGGGGCAACACGUGAAGAACUGUAAAUUGAAGUCACAUAAGUCACCAGCGCUGCUACCCUCCGAGAAUUAUAUAGAACCGAAAAAGAAGCAAGACAUCACGCAAAUAAGGCAAAACAUAGUCAACGUAUUGAAUAUGACGACGGUAAUUCCGUUUAAGUUUUUCGGCAAGUUCUCUUGCUUCUACUGUUCUAUACGGUUCACGGAUUUCGAAGAUCUCAAACAGCACACCAUUGGGGAACACCCGUUUUGCGACCUAUCAUCGGCCAGUAUUAAGAAAUGUAAGGGUGAACGAACUACCGUCAAAAUUGACAUUUCCAGUUUAUCGUGUAAGGUUUGCGGUCAAACUUCUGAACAAUUAGAGACGUUAAUAGACCAUAUUAUAUCCAAACACAACGCGUCCUUUGACAAAUCUAUAAAGAACUGCUUUGAGCCGUUUAAUAUUCUCAGUGACAAAUGUUCUUGCAUCCACUGCCCCAGUGUGUUCAGGUACUUCGCGACGUUACUACGUCACAGUAACGCUGAGCACACGACGAACUGCCACGUGUGCGACUUUUGCGGCCGCAGCUUCAAGAAAGCUUCAAAUUUGACGGCGCACAUUGCGCACACGCAUAAGGGCUCGUGUGAUUGUCACAUUUGCGGCAUCCAGUUUAGGAAUCAGUGGUGUCUGAACCGGCAUAACGCCAAGUGCCAUAACGCGAAGGAUUUCAAAUGUUCCAAUUGCUCCGAACAGUUUGAAUCACCAUAUCAAAGGCAGAAGCACUUGAUCAAAGUCCAUGAUAUAGGCCAUAAGUGCUCCUUCUGCGGGAGAAUGUUCACCAGAAAUUCGUUUAUGAGGGACCACAUCCGGCGGACGCAUUUGAAGGAGAAAAAUAUGGAGUGUUCCAUUUGUGGUGAGAAGUUCUUCGAUAACCAUCUGUUGAGGUUGCACAUGGUGAAGCACGAGGGUGUCAGGAAGUUCAGCUGUUCGAUUUGCUCCAAGUCGUUCAUGCGCAGGAGUAAUUUGGCCUCGCACAUGGGCAUGCACAAAAAGUAUGGGCACGUUGUUACUGAGUAA